CCUUUAUGUGUUCUCUCAGCUGCUCACAUCGGCGUUGGCAUCAGCGGACAGGAGGGGAUGCAGGCCGUUCUGGCGUCGGAUUACUCCUUCGCUCAGUUCCAGUACCUGCGGAGGCUGCUGCUGGUUCACGGACGCUGGUCCUACUUCAGGAUGUGUAACUUUUUAGGCUAUUUCUUCUACAAAAACUUUGCCUUUACCCUGGUUCACUUCUGGUACGGCUUCUUCUGUGGUUUCUCAGCGCAGGCCGUGUACGACCAGUGGUUUAUCACCUUAUUCAAUAUUAUUUAUACUUCCUUACCAGUACUGGCAAUGGGACUUUUUGAUCAGGACGUCAACGACCAGAACAGCCUUCGCUACCCAAGCCUUUACAAACCCGGCCAGCAGAACCUCCUCUUCAACAAACGGCAGUUUUUCCUCUGCACGCUGCAGGGGGUGACUACAUCCUUCCUGCUCUUCUUCAUUCCCUACGGAGCCUUCUCUGCUGUGGUAAAAGAAGAUGGCUCCAACUUCUCAGACCAGCAAACAUUUGCUGUCACCAUAGCGACCACAUUGGUUAUCGUUGUAAGUGUUCAGAUUGGACUCGACACCCACUACUGGACAGCUGUCAAUCAUCUCUUUGUUUGGGGGAGUCUGAUUGUGUAUUUUGCCAUUUUGUUUUCAAUGCAAAGUUAUGGCUUAUUUGGGCUUUUUCCAAAUAAUUUCCCAUUUAUUGGCGCAGCCUAUAACUGUCUUUCAGAGAAGGGGGUGUGGUUGGUCAUCCUCCUCACCACCACAGUGUGUGUUGUGCCUGGUUUAGUAGUUAGCUUUCUGAAAGUGGACCUCUUCUCAACUUUAACAGAUAAGGUUCGCUAUUUACAGCAGUCCAGGAAGAGGCACGGCCCGCAGGAGCAGAGCCUGAGGAGAGUACGCAGGACAAGCUCCAGGCGCUCCGGCUAUGCCUUCUCCCACCAGCAGGGCUACGGAGAGCUGAUCACCUCAGGCAAAAACAUGAGAAGGAGCACAGUCUCGUCUGCUUGCUCCCUGGAAAAAACAACAAAUGGCUCCAACUGGAUAGGAAAUGUGCUAAAGAGAAAGAAUGAAGUUUCCUGCAGCUCCCAGGAAUUCAUCGCUGCACCAGAAGGCAACUCCAGUGCCACAAAGACUCCAAGGCAACAGCGAACAGACUGAACUGUUAAAGUUAAUCAGUCAGAAUAGAAUCCCAUAUUUAUGGAUCUGAUAGACCCAAGCACAAGCUACGAGUGUCCUUCAUUUGAGUAACAAUAAACUCAAAUCGUCAACACAAAUGUACCUCAUUUUAUAUCAGUAUGAACUGUGAAUGUUAUAUCUGAGGGAUCCAGUCCUAGUGUCUGCAUACAAAAACAAACUAUUUUUUAUCUGUUCCACACAGAAGAAAUCAAAAAUAAUUUCAGAAAGCACAAAGUAUUGCGUUUAAUACUAUGGGGUGCCAUUUGUAAAGUGGAACAGUCAUAACUUAACGGCAGUAUUUUGGAUUAUUUAGCCUGUCAUAAGAAAAAUAAAUGGGAGUUAAUUUUUCAUAUUUUCUCUGUUAUUCAUACAUUUAUAAAUGUUAAAGAUCCUAAAUUAAAUAUUUAGCUUGCUAACUAUUUAGAGUUAAAUAAUUAUUUAAUAAACUAAAUAUUUAGGUCAGACCUACAUAUUUUGUUAGAAAAUAAAUAUUUAAUUUGGAGCUAAAUACUUAGUUUGUAAACUAAAUAUUUACUUUAUAAAGUAAAUAU